AUGCUUUUCUUCAGCUUUUUCAAGACGCUCAUCGACCAUGAGGUGACGGUCGAGCUCAAGAACGAUAUCCGCAUCCGCGGCACGCUCAAGAGCGUCGACCAGUACCUCAACAUCAAGCUGGACGACAUCAGCGUCGUCGACGAGCUCCAGUACCCGCACCUGGUAGGAAGCCUCUUCGCCGUGCGCGACGGCCGCGUGCCCACCGCCGGCCCUGUCCUGGCGCCCUUCGUCAUCUCGAGCGCCGUCAAGAAUGUCUUCAUCCGAGGAAGCGUUGUGAGAUAUGUCCAUCUACCAGCGAGUGCAGUCGACAUCCCGCUAUUAGAAGAUGCCACACGGAGAGAGGCUGCAAACCAAGCUAGCAAGGCGAAAUGA